UUCAAUUUACAUAAUGUGAAAUUGUUUCCUUUCGAAAAUAUAAAAUUGUUAAUAAUAUUCCUUUGGAUUUCGGUUUUGUUGAUCUAAAUUUGCGUGGCGUCGUAUUUUUGUCAUGGCUCAACCUGUCCAGCGGGAUCAGUUCGGAGGUUUGAUCAUUGUCAUAAACGACUGGAAAGAAUUUUUGGAAAAGUCCAAAAUCAAUUUUGAGAAUAAACUGAGAACGAAGCAAGUGCCUGAGGUGGGCAAAGAUGAUUUCGAGACGAUAAGGACGCUGGGUACAGGUUCGUUCGGUAGGGUAUUGCUUGCGAGGAAAAAAAGUGACAAUACUUUUUACGCGAUAAAAGUUCUUGACAAAGCCAAAGUAAUUAAACUGAGGCAAGUGGAACAUUCGCUGAACGAAAAGCAGAUUCUGCAAGCCAUCUCGUUCCCGUUUACGGUAUAUUUGGAAUACUUCUUCCAAGAUUACAGCUACCUCUACUUCACGCUGCCCUUGAUUCUGGGUGGUGAAAUGUUCACGCAUUUAAGGAGGUUCGGCAAAUUCGAGGAGAACCAUUCUAAAUUUUACGCCGCUCAAGUCGUCCUCGGUCUUGAGUAUUUGCACUACUUGGACUUGGUGUACAGAGAUCUCAAACCUGAAAACAUCCUGAUCGACCACACCGGCUACUUGAAGAUCACCGAUUUCGGAUUCUGCAAGCUGAUCAAAGGCAGAACGUACACGUUGUGCGGCACCCCGGAAUACCUCGCUCCUGAAAUCAUCCUGAGCAAAGGCUACGGGAAAUCGGUGGACUGGUGGUCCCUCGGGGUCCUCAUAUACGAAAUGGCCGCCGGCUACCCGCCGUUCUUCGCCAACGAGCCGAUGAAGAUCUACGAGAAGAUAGUCGCCGGGAAAUACAGGAACCCCAACGGUUUCAGCCCCGACCUCAAGGACAUCGUCAGGAACAUACUGCAGACAGACCUUUCCCGAAGAUUCGGUAAUCUGAAAGGAGGUGCCGACGACAUCAAGGAGCACAGGUGGUUCAAGACCAUCCAAUGGCUCCCGCUCGUCAACAAAAAGCUCGAUCCUCCAUUCGUCCCCAAAGUCAAAAGUCCCGGUGACGCGAGUAACUUCGAAAAAUACGACGAAGAACCACUCCAAGUCUCGGCUGUUGACAAAUUCGAAAAGGAGUUUGCCGAUUUCUAAAUUACAAUUAAACGAAAUUGAUGGUACGUGAUAAUUGUGAACGGGAAACAAAUUUGAAAUUGAACACCCUAAAAUCACCCAAAAAAAUGAAUAAAAUUACAGUUUCGAUCACUUCA